GAUAUGGGAGAAUUUAUUGCUAUAAUGUUCCCAUCUGCAGGGGAAGCAAUCUCUAAACUCAGUAAAUCAUUCCCAAACAUUGAUCAAGUCAAGAAUUUGUUCAAGCAGCUUGAUUUUGAUAAUGACGGGUUCAUCACAAAGGCUGAAAUGGGAGAAAGUUCCCAUAGAUUUUCUCCCCAGGAAAUUGAUUCUAUUUUUGCACUGGGAGAUAUAAAUGAUGAUGGUGCUAUAGAUCUUGAAGAAUUUAUUGGUGUAAUGUAUCCUUCAGCUAGCACUGUUGUUAAUAGACUCAGGGCGAAAUAUCACAAUAUGAACGAGGUGAAGCGAGCUUUUGCUGGAAUUGAUAAGAAUGGUGACGGAUUGAUCAGCAAGGAGGAAAUGUAUCAAUGCGACACUUUUAACUCACAGGAGAUUGAAGCUUUGUUUACCCUGGGUGACUCUAAUAAUGACGGUGAGAUUGAUCUGGAAGAAUUUAUUGGAGUUCUGUAUCCUGUAGUCGCACAAGCACUUCUCAAAUUCACUAAAGAUAUUCACAAUGUUGAGGAUGCUAGAUUUCUAUUCAAACAAUUAGAUAAGGACUCCGAUGGACUGUUGAGCCAAGAGGAAUUGAGAAAAUGUGGAACCACUUUCAGUUCAAAAGAGAUUGAGGCUCUGUUUGCUGUUGGAGAUAUCAAUAGUGAUGGAGAGAUUGAUCUAAAUGAGUUUAUCAACGUGAUGUGUCCUGGAGCAACAACAGUGAUCAGUAGAAUCAGCGCAGGAUUCAACGGAGUUCAAGAUAUUAAGAAAUGUUUUGAAGAAAUGGACACAAACUGUGACGGGAAGAUUAGUAGAUGUGAGAUGGCACAGUACAGUCACCUCAAUGAACAGGAGGUAAAUGCUGUGUUUGAACUGGGGGAUGCGGAUAGGGAUGGAGAAAUUGAUCUUCAAGAAUUUAUUGGAGUUAUGACAACCUCUAGUCCUGUAGCAUACAAGGAAGCUGGAGAAGUAGUUACUGUUGGAGACAUGGAAAUCUACAAGGUUGGAGAGGGAGUAAAAUGCAUAAUCUGGUGCCAUGAUCUUGCAGGGUUCUCAGGGGCGGAUCGGACUCGUCAGCUGGUGGAUAAACUGGCUGCCUUGGGAUAUCUCAUCCUUAUACCAAACUUCUUCGGGGAUAAAGAUUGUGGAUCUCUAGCUGACACACAGUGGGUGAAAUCUGUAUCUGACUGGAGCACAAUUAGGGAUACAUGGGUUGAGAGGAUAUAUCCUUGGCUUAGGGAUCAUCUCGGAGUAAGAUGUGUUGGUGUGGUUGGUACUGGUUGGGGAGCAUAUGCAGCCUGCAGACUAGCAUCAUAUAUUUAUAUUUGUAUAUAUAUAUAG